AUGUCGUUCAGUUCAUUGCUUCCACCACCUAUUCAUUCAGGGAAUGGGAAUCCACAAAAUCAAAGGAAUCGAAAUAUAGAGGAAUCAAAGGUAAAUGCAUUACUGAAAGGUGGGAACAAUAAUAAAAAAGAGGACAUUUCUGAUCAGAUAGAUAUAAUUCACCGCCAAAUAGCCUCUAAUGUUAAAUUUGAAGAUUUUAUACCAUUAAGACAACGUAAUUUCGAUAUGGAAAUACCACUACCAACCUCCGAUUCAAUCAGAGAAACAAAAGAGAAGACUCUUUCAUUUCUACAACGAUUACAAAGAGAUGAUAUAAAAUCAAGUGAUAACACAGUUGGGAAGGAAAUAGAAGCUACAACAAUGAAGAUUGGCAACCAUUCAGUCAAAGUUGUCACUCCUGUACAGGAUCCUUUACAACCAUCCCGUUUCAAGAGAACGGGUAAAAUAUAUACACCUAAUGUUGACCAGGAUAAAGGUCCAACCACUAUUUUACACGAUCUUUCAUCCACGGCAAAUUCAAGUAAAGCUAUUACUGCAGAAGAACGUUCUAAAUGGAAGAUACCUGCUUUUAUAUCGCAGUGGAAAAACCCUAAUGGGUUCACAGUGGAUAGAGUUACAGGAAGUAGCGAAGGGGGUGAAAUUAAAGAUAUAAAUGAUGGAUUUAGUGAAUUAUCUGAAGCUUUAGAAAUUGCAGAUCGUCAAGCUAAACAACGCCUACAAGAGAAGAACAAAGCCAAACGUAUUGCUUAUGAAAAAGAAGUAUCUGAAAAAGAGGCAAAGCUAAAAGAAUUAGCAAACAGAAGACGUUACAAUGGUAGUGGUCAUGAGCCAUUACGGAUUGAAAAACCAACAGGUCCAUCUCAUGAGAAUAGUAUGAAUAACAAUACCAAGAAACCGACAGGAAUACUUCUUCAAAAGCUUCGUAAUAUUGCUAAGCAAGAAGGCAGAGAUAUUAGUGAGAAAGUUAUUCUUGGAACUGCAAAAGCCACCACUGUUCCGGAGUUAAACUAUGAUUCACGUCUAUAUAUGAAAGGUGCACAAUCUAGCGCUAAACAACAUGGAGAACAACUCUAUGAUAACCCGUUGUUUGCCCAACAGGAUAUUGAGUCAAUAUAUAGAACGGAUUAUAACAAAUUGGAUGAACAAAUUGAAACAGAAAGUGGUCAAAGUGACGUUAUGUCCAAAGUAAACAAAGAGACAGGUAAUAUGAAACGUGGGCCUAUUGAAUUUACAAAAGCAAUCACCAAGGAAGAUGAAAAACGUAAAGCAAAUAAACCAGGUUUACAAAAAAUGAGUGAAUAG